AUGCUCUACGAGGCAUCCUCCUGGGUAGCCUUGAACGGCUCCUGGAGCUGGGCCAGCUGGGACUGUGACUCACUUCCAUGGCAGAGGCUGUGGACUCUGGCAGCAUCUGGCUUAGGCUUUGGAGUGGAGGGCCAGGAGGGAGGGGAGGUGGACAUCGCCAACCUUCGUUGGACGGCUCGUUGGAACGAAGCCCAGUGUCCUGUGGCAGUGGUCGUCAGCAAGUUGGCACAUGCCAUCGUCACUUUUCACCGAGAUUGGCAUGGAGACAUCUACAAAGUGAAAGCCAGGGCCAUUCAGAUGCUUCAGGCUCCUUGGAAACACGAGCUUGAGCUGAUCUUGAGGCCCGAAUGGAUACUUCCGCGGAGUGAGACGGCGCUUCAGUGGCAUUCUCUCUUGUUUGAAGCUUUGGCUCAACUGUCUGGAAUGCUGUGUCCUGCAGGCGGCACUUCGGAUGUUGCAUUGGACUAUGAGUUUUUUUGUCAGCGGCGCCCCUGGACUUUGGGCUGCAAGUCUGUUCCGACUUGUCAAAGCAAGGCUCAGUGGCGCAAGUCGCCAAGUGCGCUGCUGCAGUGCGCUCAAACACGCACGGCUUCCGGCGUCCUCCGAUGCCUUCGUCUGGGCAUGCCAGCGAAUCCUCGAAGGUUCUUGGAGCUGGUGGUGCCGUUGCAAGCGAGUUGGUGGCGUGCAGUUGCCGCAGCUUUGAAUGGACGACUGCGCCCGCGGCGCCCGCCGGGCCCGUUUCGGCGCUCCAAGAGCCAAAGGCGGUUUCCGCGGCUCGAGCCUCCCUGCCUCCAUGCUGUUGCCAGACGGGAGUUCUUGGCCGCCGCGCUCUGCUCCGCCACUGAGCCACAGGCUCCACAGGCUCCACAGGCUCCGGUGGACGGGCACGUGGAGCGCGUGGAGGUUUUGCCCGGGCGGCUGGAGGCUCUUGCCUUUGCUGCAGUGGUGCGGGAGCUCCCGAACUGUGGGGUGGAGGUCGAGGUCUCGCUUCACGUCGCUGAGCUCGAGGCUCCUGCAGAUCUGGAACCCUGUGUGGGCAUCGCCUGCCGUGAGCAAUGUGGAAAUUGGGAGGCGAGCCACUACCUUCGUUUUGCCUGUGUUAUCGACAGCGAGGGUGGCGAGAAGAUGGUGGUGCCUGCUGCCACUGCCUCGGGCCACGAGACGGAACCGGCGCUACACACACUUGUCGUUUGCCGUUUGCCACGGCAAGCGCUGCCCCAGUGGCUGGGCGGAAGGGGAUCGGGAGGCGUGCAAGGGCUGCAUCUCGAAGUGCACGAGCUCGACGGCGUCUUCUCCAAACCACUGCGACUGAAGAUUUGCCCAUAUCAAAGACCAGAGCUGGAGGCACGACGAACAGCUGUUUGCUUGAAACCUUAUCUUGGCGCAGGGAAGUUCUCACAGCUGCUGGAUGAUUGGCUCGCGUAUCACCGGCUCAUGGGAGCUGACCAUUUUAUAGUUUACGAUCUCGAUGGCUCGAUUGAGCCGCUUUUAUCCAAGGGCUCUGCUGCUUCACUGCACCAAGAAGGGCGGCUUACUUAUGUGCGGAACUUCAGUCAGAGGAUGGGAAAACGGAUGCACGAGCAGAAUGCAGAGUUUUGGCGCAAGGGGCUUGGAAACAGCUGCCUGCAAACGCGGCAGGUGAAUCACUGUCUCGCGCUUUCGCGGAGUGCAGGUUUCGAGUGGUUCGUUUACCUUCGUGGCAUGGACAAAUUCCUCCAUUCCGACUUUGACCGCUCGCCGGGAAUGCUCGGGCGGUUUCUGGACGGGCUGCCUCAGCUGCCUUCUUUCCAGGUCCUGCGUCGUCAUUGCGGAGCACGGGAUCCUCAGGCGAUGCGAGAGGCUUCGCUCGCCGAUGCAUCUCUGGGACUCCCGCUACCGAUCUUCGGUGAGUUUCAGCUCUGUGAGCCACUGCAGCUCUCAAUAGACGACAAGAAACGCGACGAGAGUUGGGUACCCGUGAUGAGAGCGUCAGCCGUGGACUGUGCGAUGACCAAUGCGCCGCUUGAUUUCAACAUUUCAAGUCUCAGCUCCGUCGCAGCAGCACCUGUGAGUGUCUUGCGGGCACAGCACUUCGUUCGAGCUUUCGAAGAGGCCGGAGAAUUUGCUGAGAGGUCUUAUGCUCCGAGCUUGAAGGAUCUAUCGCGGUUCACCGAGUUGGACACAUCGAUGGACUGGGCGGGCAAGUCGGGAAUGAACUCUCUUCGUCUUCCCCCGCCGCGUUCUGGGGCACUUCGGCAGCUGGCAUUCGACUGUCGCUGUCGUCCACCAGCCUCUGCAUUGCCCUGGAUGGCACGUGAGGAGCCCAUUGAGCCCUUGCAAGGCGCACAGCGUCUCCGGAGUCUGAAGCGUGAGACGCUGUUACAAAGGCGACCCCGCGUUCCGGUGGCCAAGCGCGAUGGACCUCAGCAGAAGAAGCCGACACUACAGCUUCAGCUGCCUUUCGGUUUGGAGCUCUUUUGA